GUGACUCCAAUGGAAGGCUUUUACCACCAACUACGACGAUAAUCCUGUUCAACAGAAAUACGGUUGUCAGGCAGUAUGACAACACUGCAAACUGUACAUUAACCAACAAAAGUGUUUCUAUACUGUGUUUGUUAACGUUCAUACUGUCUGUAACGCACCAUCAUCUUUCUGUUGACUUGGCGUAAAUUCGAACAUUCCUCAACUGGAAAGCUGAAUUUAGGAUGAUGUUCCGCGAGGUACUACUUUUACUGGCGAUGGUGCUGUUCGUUGAGGGACAACGUGCCUACGACUGUCGGCGGAGUGGAACCUUGUGCGAGGGCACCUGCUUGACCACUGGUAACAACGCCGGCAACUGCCAAUGUGGCCUAGGAAGAAUUGGGUACGACUGUUCCAUUCAAGGAACACUCCGAACGGCCGGAACUUGUAACAACCAAAACUGUGUGGGUACUAACCAAAUAUGUUACAACAAUGGUGGACCGAGUGACCUGUGUGCCUGUACUGCUGGAUUCACGGGCCUAGGCUGCGACACAGAGAGAGUUUCGACCACAUGCGACGUGAGUACAAUGUCCGUAACCAUCAUCCCUCUGCCAGGAGCCAACUUUAACGGAAAGAUCUUUGUCAAGAAUCAAGGGAACGUGGCGCAGUGUCAGUUCUCCAACCCUACCCCUCCCUCGACCUCUUUUACCCAGACCUUCAAUCUGAAUUCCUGCGGAAUAACAUCUACCGUCCAGGCAAACAGCGGUAACACGAUAUACGCGGUGAGAGUUGUUGUGCAGUACAGUACCUUGUACGAAACAAUUUACGACGAGGAACAUGUAGCCAACUGUAUCCAUACUACGGACGGACAAGUACAGGGGGUUAUCGGGGUCCAGCCUGCCGCUUCCCGCCCGGGUCAGGUCGUAACCGGUACGACAACAGUGACCCACAUGGAGAUCAUCCGAGCGUCCUCGGGGGCUGAGAUGGCCGCAACAGAGACGGCUAUCGUUGGCGAGGACUUGGAGCUGCGGCUUGUCCUCGAUUCCACGCAAUACCAGUCUCUUUUUGCCACUUCUUGUACCGCGUAUAGUUCAACAAACACAGCCAACCGUGCGUCUAAGGUUUUGGUAACCGGUGGCUGUAUCGGUCUGGAUGCUCUGAACGUUGUUCGCCCACCGAUGACUAGGAACCAGACCGUCAUCACAAUUCCCAUCGACGCCUUCAAGUUCGACAACUCACAAGACCUCGUGUUCCAGUGUGACCUGCUCGUGUGUAGAGCAGGCGACAACAGAUGUAACCCAGUGUCAACCUGCGGGCCAGUUGGUACUGGCUUCGGACGUAAGAAGCGUCAGGCAGGCAACGAGACCGAGGUGGAAACCGUCCAAUCCGGCGUCAGGGUGUUCUCCUUCACUAACAUUGAGCUUACUUCGUGCCCCGCCAGCACUUUUGAAUCUUGCGUUCAAAGCGUCCCAUUCCUGACUGUCACCAUCAUCUUCGGUGUCCUGCUCUUGGUGGCUUUGAUCGCCUCCGCCUUCCUCUGCUUCCGCUUUACCCGAAGUGAGGCCAGACCGGAAGGGAAGACAGAGUCUGCGUACUACAACAAGGGCAUAAGCACUGCAUAAAUGACGCAAUAUGAUAAUGAAUGCUCAAAGAGGAAGGGGACAUUUUUGAUUUGGGAAGGGCUUUUAUUUCUGGGUAGACAGUAAAGCGAUUUAUUUCUUAGUUAGCACCGCUUUUUCUUACUCGUCGGUUUCAUUUUAAAUUUCAAACAGUAAAGAACCUGUAACUGUCCAAUCAGCAUUCUUUUUGUUUAUAUUUGGCUUAAGCUGUUUCUCCACAUUAAUGUUUUUGUUUUCUUUGAGCUUAUGUAUGGUCCCCAUGGUAUACGGCCCCCUUUUUGUGUGUGCCUGCAUUUGUCUUUCCAGGAUUAUAGCAAUAUAGUUGCUUUAUUGUCUCUAUUUUUAAAUGUAACAAUGCUUACAUUUUUUUAAGUUUUAAAACGAUGUUAAAAUUUUAGCUAAGACUCGUGAUGGAUUUGGCAUGUGCAGAAAACUCUACACUCUGUGUGUGUGUUUUGUGUAUAUGGUUUUCCAGACAGUUAUAGCCUGGCAUAUCGAUAUGAGGCAUAUAUGCGGAUUUAUUAUAAGGUUAAAAUGUAUUUGUAUUUUAGCAAAUUUUUGGGGUAAUGUUGUUAUUUGAAGCAAGUAACGGCGUGACAUUUAUUUAGGGACGUACCAUCCAGAAACCUUCUCAUCCAGUCAAAUUUCGUGCAAGAAGGUUCGGCUGCCUUUCAAUGCACGUAAGCUGACCUUGAUAUAACCACAGAGCCGGGUAGCAUUAUGGCUCUAUGUUAUCAUGAUAAAACCAGUUCGAGGCAUCUAUUGGCACACAAAUGCAGAAGAUUGCUCAAAUCGCCUGAACAAUAAUAAACUGCUUUAAUUAAUACCAUGUGAAGCAGGCCUGUUGGAUGUGGUGUUACUAGGACACGUAGGUGUUUACGUUAUAACAACAACAACCAUAUCCGCCAUUAAAAUUUUUCCAGACGCGUUCUGAUUGGUCGAUUGAAUUUUCUGUCACUGAUUCUGUAAAAACGAGAAAACAAGGAGCUACGUGAACCUUAAUUCCAUUUGUGUAAAUUGUUGCGUUUAUUAAGAUACAUAUGUAACUUAACACCUCUCACCCACAAACUACCCCCUGCCCCAUGUCUGUGGACAUAAUGUAUAAAGCUUUUUUCCCACUAUCCCACCAUGUCUUCGGCAAUAAUAUCACAGAAAUUUUAAUAUGAUUUUAAUUAAAAUUUUAACAGUUAAAAGCUGAAACUCAGUAUAUCCAUGUUAACUUUUUACUUUUCUCUGCAUUAGCCUUUCAACGUUGUGUUUAUGGCUGUAUUUUAUCUAACCGUGUAAUGCCUUAAGCGAGAUUUUGGUUGGCAUUCUUGCCACAAAAGUGCUCCUAUGCCAUAAAUGGAAAUAGUGCCAUAAAUGUUCUUUAUAAUGUCUAUAAUAUAGAAUUAGAGUGCCGUAACUGUGUGUUUGUGUUGCAUAUGACUGUAGUGCUGAUAGUGCCCUUGUGCCAAUCAUCAUUAUAGUAUCAUUCGUAAAAUUUGCUUGUAUUUUUCUAAUCAGAGCAAAAACCGAUUUUCUAUUUGUUUAAUGCUUCUGGUAAGUUUGUUUUAUUUGCGAAUUCCAGAUACCAAGUUCCAUGGACUGAUGUAUUUAUGACUUUUUGAUAUCUUGAUUUUUGUGUUAAAAGAUCUAAGCCUUAUGGACACAUAACUUGAUAGUCAAUUUCUAAGCAGGCAUUUCAUCGACAAUUAAAAUUUGCAAUAAAGAUUUUUUCUAUUUGGAUACCUUUA